AUGGCGACAAGGAGGCGCCGUCUUCACUCUCAUGGCACAUCCGCAGCUCAUUGGCGUCGACAGCCCGACAACUUCUUGGGGGGAGUGGCCACCGCGCUGGCAGAUAUUCCGACAUUGCCUCAGGGAGUACCGCCGGUACCCACCAACCCGCCGGAUUUCGGUGAUCUGCCCACAGUAGCUACCGGAUCAUCGACCGUCAAGACGAUCAAUGGCACACCAGCGCCGGCUCAAGCCCCUGCGAAGACUGAGAAGAACAAGUGCACGCCUUCGCCAACGAAGUCAUUGGCCCCCUCAGCCACCUGGACAACCUGUCCUUAUGAGGUUCAUGAUGGGAAGGUGAAUCCAGAUGUGCGCACACUCCCGGAUUCGCCGGCAGCGGUGGACAUGUCCCAGGCUGUGCUAUAUAACGCCAUCGCGUUCGCAACGAAGAAUACGAAGGCAAAUUCGCAGAACGCCGCCGAGUUCAUCGACACUUUCUUCCUUGCAGAGGACACCGCCAUGAAUCCGAACAUGAACUUCGGCCAGCAGGUGCGGGGCCCGGGGAAGGAUCACCAGAUGGGGACCUUUACGGGCAUCCUCGACAUGCGGGCCAUCGUCAAGGUCAUCAACGCGAUUGCGAUUCUCAAGGCGGCCAAGAGCCCCGACUGGACGAGUGCAAGAGACAAGGCGAUGACCGACUGGAUGGGAUCGUACGCUUCUUGGUUGGAGAAUAGCGCCAUUGGAAAGGAGACGGCGUCCAAGACAAACAACCACGUAUCUUUCUACGUCAACCAGCUCGCAGCAGCGAAGAUGUACUUGGGCGACACACAAGGCGCCCAGACCGUGCUGCUGAACUACUUCAACAACCAAUUUGGAGACCAAGUCGCGGCAUCUGGCGAGCAGCCAUUUGAGGCAGUUCGGACGCGCCCGUUCCAUUAUCGCUGCUUCAACCUGGAAGCCAUGAUUACCAAUGCGAAGCUGGGGGAUGAGCUCGGCAUGAACUUCUGGACCGUCAAGUCCAAGUACGGCGCGAACAUUCAGAACGCGCUCGACUACGUCAUGGGCGUGAACCCGAAGGGAGAAGACAUUGGGGAUAUAUUUCCUCACGUUGCGGCCGUCGCAGCAGCGUAUGGUGACCCGGAUGGCAAGUACGCCGCGUUCCUCAGCAAGAACGCCCAGGACUACACAAGCCAACCGUUCUGGUUUUACGACCAGAGCGGUGCCUUGCCCAAUUCGCCCGCGGGUCAAAGCAAACGUCGCAGAGACCUUGGCAUCGCUGUGGACAAGAUAGCGAAUAGAGACAAAGCGUUUUCCGGAGACAUAAGCACUGUAGGGACUGUGGCCAUAGAUGCGGUGAAGGCUGCGGAUGCAGAAUGUCCUGACGUGUUCAAUGAGGUCCAGCAAGUGGAGCUCGAAGUUGGGCUGUUCGUGGACUGCGAACAGUUGAAGCCCUAUUACGAACUCACUGUCCCUGUAUAUCCUGCAUGA